AUUAUUAUUAUUAUUAUUAUUACAUAUACACGAUAGUUUAGUUAUCUUAUGUGUAGUCCAGUCAACGGUUAGUAUAAGUGAAAAAGUCAAUGGGACACACAGACAUCCACACACACACACACACACACCAAUACACACUCAAGUGAGUACACAUAUACAAAAUCUAUAUUCACACAAUAGUCGUGUUCAAUGCAUACUUCAAAUUAGAUGACUUUGGAUAUUUUCUUUGCUCUAAACAGGUAGCUAUAAUUUAUAUGUGAAACUGUUGGCAUAGGAUUUCAGUCAGUCAGUUAUUAUUGAAUAAGAUAACGUACACUAAAAGAAUAUAUCUACACAUAUUAUCGUCUCUGGUAUUCUGUUUUUGGUGUUUUAGAAUAAACUUGAACACUAAUCAUAAUGCAACUUCGAAUAGCCUUCAUCUUCAUAAUCAAUAUGGUACUUGUUAAAUCACAAAAUGAAACAGAUACAGUGUUAGUUAGCACAGAACCCAUGCAUGAAGACACUUCAAUAGAAGGUAGUGGUUUAAAACCGCUAACAAUCUUUCUUAUUGUCAUCGGUUGUGUCAUAAUUUUCGCCGCUAUUUUAGCCUUCUACUUUAUUCGACGAAGAAGACGAACUGGCAACUUUUCACUUGUUGCUGCUCAGUAUAACUGAAACGCUACGAUGCCUUAAUAUUGUCAUCGUCAUCCCCAAUCAUCAACAACUAAUUGACAUUAUUAUUAUGAAUACUUAUAAUUUAAUUUUUUAAAAGUGCUGAUUCAAAGAAUAAUUCCUUUACUUCAGUAAUUCUUUACUCAAUUUUUAUUUUUAUUUCUUUUAAUUAAUUGGUGUAAUUUAGUUAGCAUAAAUUCUAAAAUAUUGAUGAGUCACUGAGCAA